AUGACAGUUGGCCGUGGCGUAUUGCAAGGAGAUUCCCUCAGUCCUCUGCUUUUUAACAUGUGCUUCAAUACAUUCAUUCAGCAUAUCAAGGCUGAAAAGUACCGUCAAUUUGGGUUUUCCUUCAAAUUACUAAAUCCCAUCCACUGGUUCCAGUUUGCUGAUGACGCGGCUGUAAUUACUGGCCAAGAAUCCGAAAACCAACAUCUAUUAAAUCGAUUUUCUAUCUGGUGCCAAUGGUCCGAUAUGAUUAUCCGAGUUGACAAAUGCAGUACCUUUGGCAUUAAAAAAGCGAUCACAAAAUCAGUUCAGUACUUGCCAAAACUCCUCAUCAGCACUCAACUAAUACCAAAAAUCACCAUUGGAGAAUCAUUUCAAUAUUUAGGACGUUACUUUGAUUUCCACAUGUCGAAUGAUAAUCACAAAACUGAACUAACCACCCUACUUAACGAACUAAUGUCUGAUAUUGACUCAAAGCCACUACACCCCAAAAAUAAACUGCUCCUCUACAGUCGCUACGUCUUGUCCAAGUUAGCCUGGCACUUCACCGUCGCAACACUCUCUAAAACAUGGGUUACUGAAAAUAUCGAUUCUAUUGCCAACAAAUAUAUCCGCAGAUGGCUUGAAGUACCAAUAUCAGGAACACUAAGUACUGUCUUUCUAACAAAUAACAAAUUUGGCCUGAGUAUUUAUCCUCCAUCUGUAAAAUUUAUCCAGUGUCAAACAGUCCUCCGAAAAGUUUUAAAAUAUUCUCCUAAUGAAUCAACUAACGACCUGUGGAGAGCAACCAGUAACCAUACUAAUAUCCAAUAUGACGCUUAUAACUCUACUAAGGAAGUUCUCAAAGAUUUCCGUUCUGGACACGAAAACAAACUCCUAAACCAAUUAACCAGUUAA